AUGACGGAGGUGGCGCAGGUUGCGGCGGCGGUCGCCCAUGACAUGGAUGAUGUUACAAAAGAAAAUGCACUCAGCAUGAGCGACGCAGAAUACAAGGAAGAUGAAGUGACGCACGAGGAGGACGAGGAGGACGAGGACGAGGAGGAGGAUGUUGCAGUUGAUGAAGGCGACGACGUUGAGAAGAAAAGCGAGGAGACGUCACAGGAGGAAGACAAAAAAGCCUGCCACACAAAUGAUGAAGAAGGUACUGAGACUGACAAGCCACAUGUGAACGGUCUGGAGCACAAAGAAAAAGACACAGAUGAUAAGACAAAUGGUGAAGCAACGGAUGAUGAGGAGAAAGAGGAUGCACAAUCUGACACAAAUGAAGACCGGAAUAUGUCUGAACUGGCACUUAAAAAAGAGAAACUUCUCCGAUCUAGAAAGCCGGUGGCCAGGACCUACAUGCCUAAGCUGAACAAAGACAAAGGGGACGUGACGAGCAAGUACGAGGCCAUGCAGAAGGCCAGGGAGGAUCGCAGCAGGCUGAGGAGCAGGGAUGAGCAGCAGAAGAGGAAAGACCAAUUCGUCAAGGAGAGAGAAUGGAGCCGCAGGAAGCAGCAGAUAAAAGAACUACUCGCAUCCAGCGAUGAGGAGGAAGAGGUGAAGCCAGCAAAGGUGGAAAAAUCAUACGUCCCCAAAAUCACAGGCAGUGUGAAGGGGAAAUUUGCUGUGAUGGAGAAACAAAGACAAGAGGAGGAAAGGAAGAGGGCGGAAGGAGAGAGGAAGAAAAGGGAGACCCAGGACAACAUGGAAAAAGCCAAAAUCAAGAAGGAUUUGGCCAAGAAAGCAGCUGAGGAGGGAGAUGACACAAUCCUAGUGCGGGUGGUUCCAGCGAAGUCUUCACGACAUCCGGGCAGGAUCAAGGUGAACUUUGAGGACAUGGAGAAGGGCAGAGAGGAGGACCUGAAGAAGAAGGCAGAGGAGGAGAAAAAGAGACGCUACGACGAAAACAGACACUCCUUCAGGGAAGCCAAGCGACGCUCUGUUGUUGAACAGGAUGAAGAGGAGAAGCCCUCUGAGAAGCUGCAGGUGACUCCUGGGAAGCUGAAGAUGGGAUUUGAGGAGCUGGAGAAGGAGAGACAGGACCAUAGGAGGAAGCAGGCAGAGGAGGAAGCCAAACGCCGCUUGGUCGACGAGAAGAAGGCGUUUGACGAGGCCAGAUUGGGAAUGGAGGAAGGUGAGGGCGAUGAUCAGCCCUCUCAGGAAGACAAGGAGGAGGUCCGACCUGGAAGACUGAGGCUGAGCUUUGAGGAGCUGGAGAGGCAAAGGGUUGAAGAAGUGCGCAAGAAAGCAGAGGAGGAGGCCAAGAGACGAAUGGAGGAGGAGAGGAGAGCUUUUGCUGAAGCCAGAAAGAGCAUGCUGGUAGAUGAGGACGAUGAUGGGCUGAUGGCCUUGUUGAACAUGGAGGGCAGUGAACCUGGGAAGAUAUGCGCCAGUUUCGAGGAUCUGGAGCGACAGAGAAGAGAAGAGGAGCAGAAGAAAGCAGAGGAGGAGGCCAAGAGGAGGCUGGAGGAGGAGAAGAAGCUCUUCGCUGAGGCCCGCAAGAGUAUGGUACGUGCACAUGACUCAGUGAAGAACUGUACUGUGCAGGUAUAUGUGGUAGAUGAGGAAGAAGGGAUAGUGAAGAGCGAUUCUCAGGAGGCGCUGUACCCCAGAAAACUGGAGAUGAACUUUGAGGAGCUGCUCAAAGAAAAGGAGGAAGCUGAGAGAAGACGUAAGGCGGAGGAGCGCAAGCAGAAGAUGGAGCAGGAGAAGCAGGAAUUUGAGCAGCUCCGACAAGAGAUGGGCGAGGACGUAGUAAAUGAAAGCUCAAACGUUGUGAGCAAAGAGUAUGAAGAGCUCACGAAGCUCAAGAGGACUGGCUCCAUCCAGGCCAAAAACCUCAAGUCCAAGUUUGAGAAGAUCAAGCAGCUGAGUGAAGAGGACAUUCAGAAGAAGAUCGACAUGGAGAGAGCACGGAGGAAGGCGGUCGAUGAUGAAAUUAAAGAGAGAGAAACCGGGAGGUUCCAAGGCGAGGAUGAGGGAGGAGAGACGACUGCGGCGAGGGCCGACGAGUCACCAUUCAAACAGAAGGUGGACAUGCGAGCCCGAUUUGAACAAAUGGCCAAAGCCAGAGAGGACGAGGAGAAGAAGAGGAUAGAGGAGCAGAAGCUGCAGAGGAUGCAGUUUGAGCAGCAGGAAAUUGAUGCUGCACUCCAGAAAAAAAAGGAGGAUGAUGGGGAGGAUGAGAGCAGCAUCAUCAACGGCUCUGCAGCCUAUGAAGAUGAGGAGGAUCACGCCAGGUCUGGGGCGCCGUGGUUCAAAAAGCCCCUCAAGAAUCAAUCGGUGGUGGACUCUGAGCCGGUGCGGUUCACCGUCAAGAUCACUGGGGAGCCAAAGCCUGAGGUCACCUGGUGGUUCGAGGGCGAGAUGCUCCAGGACUGUGAGGACUAUCAGUAUAUAGAGAGAGGAGAGACGUCCUGCCUCUACCUGCCCGAGACCUACCCGGAGGACGAGGGCGAGUACAUGUGCAAGGCCGUGAACAGCAGAGGCACAGCAGCAAGCACCUGCAUCCUAACAAUAGAAAGUAAGACCACCUUGGUGUGA